UAUAAGCAGCGGCCCGGCGGCGAGGAGGGCAGCGGCGACCCGGGUCCUACCAGCGCUCCUCGACUCCUGACCCACCGACCCCAGACCCCGAAUCUCCGGAUCGGAGCCCAGGAUCCCGGACCGGUCCGCGGAGCUCGUGCCGGGCAGACGCCAAGAUGCCUGGCCCUUGGUUUCUGCUAGCCAUGGCUUUGACCCUGACCCUGACCAGUGUCCCCGGAGGCCGCGCACAGCUGGAUGUGGCCCAGCAGGACGUGGACCUGUCUGAGCAACAGGGCCUAGAAGACCUCCUGCAGCAGGCGGAGCGCCUCCUCCUCCUCCGGGAAGACCUCCAGCGACUGAGAGAAGACCAGGAUGACAGCGUAUCCGAGUCCCAGAUCUUUCAACCCGAUUGGUUCUCCAAGCGUCAGCAUCCUGGCAAAAGGGAGGAGGAGGAGGCAGACGAGGGAGUGGAAGGAGAAGAGGAAGAAGGAGGGGCCGUGGGACUCCGCAAACGGCAGCACCCCGGCCGGAGGGACGAUGUGGCGGCAUGGGCGGUGGAUGCGGGUCAGCAGAAGCGGCAGCAUCCUGGCCGGCGCGCCUCCUGGCUUGGGUACGCUGUCACCAAGAGGCAGCACCCAGGCAGACGGCUGGUGGACCCCAGGCCCCAGAGGAGCUGGGAGGAGGCAGGGGAGGACGAGGACGAGGGUGGAGAGCUGAUGUCAGAGAAACGCCAGCAUCCUGGGAAGAGGGCCCUGGGGAGCCCGUGCGGACCCCGGGGACCCUGCGGCCAAGCCAGCCUUCUGUUGGGCCUCCUCGAUGACCUGAGCCGGGGGCAGGGGCCUGAAGAGAAGCGGCAGCACCCUGGGCGGCGAGCGGCCUGGGCCAGCGAGCCCCUGGAGGAGUGAGCCUGGUUGCCUGUAAACUCAGUUUGUGGUCUAAGAGCGUCUUGAGCCCUGUGCGCCCUACCCCCUGUGACCUCUCUUUUCCCCUCCUCUUUAGAUGCCUGACCACACUCCUGAGCCCCCAGUUUACACACAUGUCAAACUCUUGGCUUCGCUUGCCUAUAUCAGGGACUUGAGAAAGCCAGCUGAUGAGUUCAAACCCCAUGUCACCCCACUCAGCAUCACUGGUGAGGCAACAGACCCCAGAGUCCCUCUCCCCCACCCCUGCAGGCCUGCUCCCCUCCCUAGCCCUAAGAUGAGCGUGCUGUGUCUUCUAAGGGACCCCCAGAGUGGAACAGGGUGCUAUUGAUGUGAGCAACCAGGGAGGGUGGGUGGAGUUGAAGCCAGCAUGUCCAGAUCCAGCUUCCAGCCCUUGCCACGUGCCAGGAUUUGCCAUGUAUAAACUUCACCCCCGGCACUGAGAAUCUCGUUCUCUUCUUGGGCAUCCUUUUGUGGUUAGGAAGAGCCCCUCCUCACAGCUGUGUUCCACUUGGGAGAAACAUUGUAGGUGGUGCUGUGUUGUGUGGUGGCUGUGGGAAUAAACAUGUGCAGGAAUUUGUAAAUGUCACCGUGGAAGUCACGGCUCAUAUGUAUCCUUAUAGGCACCUUUCUCCUAUUCGUGCUAAUAAAACCUGCAUCUGGAUAACAUC